CAUCAGUCGGCCAUAUUUAAUAUUUGUUUGAGUAACUCUUAGUUGCAACGCAGUUCAUAUUUCCGCACAGAGUGAAAUGCAAAUAAAGAAAGUUAUCAUUUAAAAACCCAAUAAAAUCGUGCAUUUUAAGUGAAUCAAUGAAUUCACAUUUGUUGCAAUGACUAAAUGUAUGCGCAUUUCAUAGUGAAACAAUACGAUUGCUGAUAUUCAAAACGAAAUUCGCUGUCAAUAUACCGCUUGCAGCGGUAAAUAAAAGAACAAACGACAAAGCGAAAAAAAUACACAUCAUACACGGAAGUAACAUAUAGCCAAUAAUAUAAAGGUGAAGUGACCGAAAUUAUCGAACGGAAUUCGUAACAGUGAACUCAAUUACAAGCCAUUGAAUCAGUGUCACAGUCUGGUUGAUUGACAUUUCUAUUUAAGAAAGGUGAAAAACCGCAUCAUUGUGAAAUUGUCGUCAUUAUUAGUGAAUAGCAAGUGCAACUAAUAUUGACUUGAGCUAGUUUUAAAUUAACUUUGUCCUCAAAUAAUCAAACAAACACUACAACAACAAAAAAACCAACACCCAAUUUCAAAUUGUUAGUUGAAAACGAAAAAUAAUUAAACACAAAAUAAAGAGAAAAAAAAACCAAAAGUCACUCAUUCAAAUUAAAUUCAGCAAUUACUGUUGAGUGGAACGAAAAAAAAACAGUUGACACAUAGCAAGCACCACAGUGACAACUAAAAUCUAGUUUAGUUUUUAGUGUGUUUUUUUCGUUUUGACUUUUUUUUCACGUUAAUACAUUAGAUUCAUGACAUGAAUCCAAUGCCGAACGGUGCACCAACAUCGGCUGAUGCAUGCCUGUCGAUAGUGCACUCCUUGAUGUGCCAUCGACAAGGUGGUGAAAGUGAGAGUUUUGCUAAGCGUGCAAUCGAGUCUUUGGUAAAAAAACUAAAGGAAAAACGCGAUGAAUUGGACUCAUUGAUAACUGCAAUCACAACAAAUGGAGCACAUCCAAGCAAGUGUGUAACCAUACAACGAACGCUUGAUGGUCGUUUGCAAGUAGCCGGCCGAAAAGGAUUUCCUCAUGUGAUCUAUGCAAGAAUUUGGCGUUGGCCUGACUUGCAUAAAAAUGAACUAAAACAUGUUAAAUACUGCCAAUUUGCGUUCGAUUUAAAAUGUGAUUCAGUUUGUGUGAAUCCAUAUCAUUAUGAGCGUGUUGUUUCGCCUGGCAUCGAUUUAUCUGGAUUAACACUACAAUCGGGACCAAGUCGUAUUGUGAAAGACGAAUAUUCAGCGGGUUCAGUCGUUCCACCCGGGGCACUUGAUAUGGAUCCCAACGAAAUGGGCACAAUUCAUCAUGCCGGUCCAAUGCCUACACAAGGAUACGGAUAUCCACCAGGUGAUCCAAGUCAAUUGGGAAGUCUUUAUGGUCGUAUACCAAAAUUAGAGCCAACAGAGACUCAGAGAAGUCAAUGGAUGGCUCCAAAUCCGCGCCCAUCCGCUCUUGUGCAUCCAACUGUUCCUCAUCCGAUGGCAAUGCCACCGCUACAAAUACAAACGAAUCAUAAUCAAAUGGCGCCACAGCCGCCACCAGCUGGCGGCCAACCACCAAAUAAUGGUCCAAAUAUGUCGAUUGGAUCGUUACCAACUGAUCCUCAGAUAUCUAUACAAUCCGUAUCAACAAAUUCACAGCAAUCAACAUCGUCACCAACUUAUGGUUACAGUGAUCAGCAAUCAGUACAAGUAGCAUCACAACCAAUCAAUUCAGCUAACGAAGGAUCUCUACCGAAUUCGAUUGUGUCUUCACCGAUUUCACCGCAUAUUCAACAAAAUGGAUACAAUGGAGCGACAACGAAAAAUUCAGCAAACCUACCCGGAAAUGGUCAGUUACCAAAUUUUGCACAAGGAUUACCAAAUGCGCCGCAUAACGGGGCUCAAGGCACUUGGUCUGGACAACAUACACUCACUUAUACACAAUCUAUGCUACCAGAUCAACGAAAUUCACAUACAAACUACUGGCAACCUGAAGCAGGUGGACAACAACGUUUACCCUUACUGUCACGUCAACCGGCACCAGAGUAUUGGUGUUCAGUUGCAUACUUUGAAUUGGACACACAAGUCGGUGAAACAUUUAAAGUUCCAUCAAGCAAACCAAAUGUUAUAAUCGAUGGUUAUGUUGAUCCAUCGGGAGGGAAUCGCUUUUGUUUGGGUGCAUUGAGUAAUGUGCAUCGUACAGAGCAAAGUGAACGGGCACGUUUACACAUUGGCAAGGGUGUGCAAUUAGAUUUGCGUGGCGAAGGUGAUGUCUGGAUCCGUUGUUUGAGCGAUCAUUCAGUAUUUGUACAGAGCUAUUAUUUGGAUCGUGAAGCUGGCCGUAGUCCGGGCGAUGCUGUGCAUAAAAUCUAUCCACAAGCUUACAUUAAAGUAUUUGAUUUACGUCAAUGUCAUCGACAAAUGCAAUCUUUAGCGGCAAAUGCACAGGCAGCAGCAGCAGCACAAGCGGCUGCCGUUGCCGGAUUAAGUUCACAAUUGGGAGGACCACCGAGAAAUAUAACGGCUGCGGCUGGUAUUGGCGUUGAUGAUUUAAGGCGCUUGUGUAUUUUACGUUUAAGUUUUGUUAAGGGCUGGGGCCCAGACUAUCCACGAUCAUCAAUUAAAGACACACCUUGCUGGAUUGAGGUACACUUACAUCGCGCACUACAAUUACUUGAUGAAGUACUCCAUCAAAUGCCGAUUGACGGGCCUCGGGCUAACGAAUAAAGCGUUUUUUUUACCUAGUGCAAAUGUCACAAUCUCUUCAUCCCUCUUUUUUGGUUUAAUUUGUACAAACAAACUAAAAAAAACUUACUCUAUUUUGACAUUGAAAGUGGAACUCAAAUUGUUUAUAAAGAUUCUUUCAUAUAUUUACACACAACCACAAACACACAGACAACAACAACAAUAACAACAGAAAAAAGAUAACCAACAUAAUUUUAUUUCAACAAUCACCAACCAAAUAGAAACAAAAAUAGAUAUACCGGUGACAAAAUGCAAUAAAAUCUCAACGUUUAAAGCAAAGACGAUAGUUUAUUAGAAAACACUGCAUAAAUGUGUUGAAUAAAAAAAAAAAAACAAACAAACGAAAAGAAAAAUCUAGCAUAUUUUUGACACUAAUUGAUAAGAAACAUGAAUCCAUUGCAGAAAGAAAACAUGCUCUAAAUGCAACCUACUUAUACAAACGUUUUAAAAAUUUCUAUAUUAUACACAUAUUAUACAAAUUGCAUAACUAUUAAAAACACAAAAUGAGUUUUUAAGUAUGUUAGUUGGUUAGUUGCUGUUAAAGGAUACAUAUUUUUUAGGCAAAGACAGAUACACACACACACACACACAAAAGUGACAAAAGGCAAAAUUAAAAUUCAAACACAUGUUUUUAAAGAUUGAAGUGCGUAUUAAAAUCAAGAUGGAGAAAAGUUAAACACUAUACCAGAUUCUACAAUUGCAAUAUUAAGUAUAUUUAUAACAAAUGAAAACAAAAUGAUCCGACAACUUGGAAAACUGUGAAUUCGAUUGUAGUACGACAAAAACAAAUGUACGAAAGUUACACCUACACACACAUACAUACGAAAAUAAUAAUAAAUUGAAUGAUAAACACUGUACCUGUUGAAUAAGGAGACAAAAAAAUGGAAGUAAAAACAACAACAACAACAUUAACAACAAAAAGAAAAACCAACUACAAAACACAUAAAGUGAAUUAACCAGUGGAAUUCGCUGAAUCCCUUAAGGUUUCCGCUUUGUUACAACGCAAUCGCUUACUUAUUAGCUUAUUAACAAAUGAAUGAUGAUGACUAACUAAUAUUUAUUAUGCAAAAAUAGUAACCGCUAAUCGGCAACUUCAUUUUGUUAUUAUCAGUGCAAAACAAGUGUCCACUCUUUUGUGUACGGAUAAACAUCAACGAUGACAUUUCUUAGACGGUUUUUUUUUGUCGUGGACUUCGUUUCUUUCGUUGAUUGACAAGUUCAUGCUUUUAAGUGUGUACAUAGAACGUUUGACGCAAAUCAUUUUAAUUAAGUGUUUGUUUACACCUUUUUGUUCACUCUUUAAUUACUACUUACUUAACAGCAACAUAAAAUCGCUCGAUCACCUGGUGCGACGAAUUAAUUAUUACAUUGCAAUUAGAUAAAGUAUUGCAUGCAAAGUAUGUAUACGGAUUAAUUGCGAAAUAAUUGAAUUAAUUUGCAACUCUGUAUUUUAUUUCUUCGAUUGCCUUUAACCAUUUUGAAAAUGAAAUGCUCGAGUGUUUUUACACGCUCUGAGGCUAUUUAUAUAAUUUUUUUUUAAUUAAACGGCAGCUAUUAUGCAAAAUAGCAUUGAAAAAUUAACGAUCAGCAAUUAGUUUUGUUUUUGUACUGAAUGUAUGUUGACUUUAUUUUUCGACGUCACAUUAAUGCGGUCAAAGUAUUUUAUAUGCUAAAAGAAUAGAGAAAUCAGAACGAUUCAUUUUCUCUGGUCGUUCUGACACACGGAUGUCGUUUGGCGUUUCGUCAAGCAAAGAAAAAAAAAUUGAGAAAAAAAUUUGAUUGAUUGAUUUUUGGCUGUGACACUUUCAAUCAAUUUAUUUAGGUUAUUUUACGAUAUUGUUUAAUCAUUUGAUUUCGAUGAGCUGAAAAGGAGAAUAAAAAAAGGAACUUAUCUAAAACAUAAAUUCAAAUGGGAAAAGUCGCAAAAAUGUCCAUUCGUAUAAGUUUGAUUUUUGUUGUCGCUUCUUUUUUACGUUUGAUUUAGCUCUGACAGUGGGCAUAAGUUUGAAUGCGUGAACCGUUUUUUUAGAGUAUUUCUUUAGUGCGCCAAAACAAUAACUACUUGAAAACCGUUUCUAGUUAUCGAUAAAUUCAAACAAAGCAAAAUACGUAAACAUAAAUUCCUAAAUUUGAUCUUUGUAUGUUUCUGAUUCAGGUAUUUUUCUCUUUUUCAUUUUAUUCAAGGUUUAGUUGUAAGAAAUGAGUGUCUGACCAUUAAUACAUGCUACGUGCAAUUUUAUACACAGUUUGCCCAAAAUGUUUGAGCACAAUUUGAUGGCCUCCAAAGAAUAUAAUUCAAAUGACGUUGAAAUGAAUUGUUUUGACACAUUUUACGAAAAGCAACAAACUAUUUGAAUCUUAAAGAUAAGUCUAAUGAAAUAAAGAAAAACAUCCAUGCCCAAAACCAUUUAGAGAACUGUAAAGAAUUAAAAACAAAAAAAAAACAAAAAACAAAUUUAA